CUCAAUAUCAUAAAGGACUCAGACUCCUGCAUUCCCGACAUCAUAAACGACUCAGACGGAUGCGGAAACCGAGACGGCCUGGAUGGAAAACUCUUUCAAGGAAGACCCCAGAGCCCUGAACGGAAUUCCGGGUUAAUUGCAGAUUUUGAUCCCCACAACUAUUCUCUUUUUUGGUCUCUGAAUUUUGGCAAACAACAAGCAAGGCACAGAGAUCGCUUCAACUCGCUACCAGACGUUAGGGUUUUAGGCUGCCGUUAGACUGUGGCCCUGCAGGUCAGAAUCGGCCUCUCUAGGCCUGUCUUCUCGGAGACCAGCGGCAGGACCCGGUCCUCUCCGCUCGGCUUCUCUCGCCAGGUCCGCAACCCUGCACCUCUUUCCUGUAACCUGGAGCGAAGCUCGGCGGGGGACCAGGUAUUCAAUUGGCCAGAAGUUCUCGAGGCGCAGGUGCGGGUGUGCGGGGACGCGCGUGGUGAGUUUGCAGUUCCUGCCAGCUCCAGCAACGUCCCGGGUCAGUUCGAACUCCGAAGGCGCCAAGGCAGAGAGGGACCGGUAGGCGAAGGGCAGCCGCACUCUUGCGCCCUGUUUCAGCCCUCUAGUCUCUGUUGAAUGGAGUUUCCGUCUCUAGUCUCAACCAAAGCAGGCAAGGCGGACAACCUCGGCCUGGCAAUCAGUAGCUUUGGAGAAAAGCCUGGCCAUUGUGGAGACAUAGACAUCUUUCUUCUCUGUCCUUCCUUUCAAAGACAGCUGUAGGAGAACUCUUCAUGAGAAAAUGUCCCAGCUGAAGGCUGGGGUACAUCAGCCCUCGGAGAAGAAGGGACCUGCUGAGAAGGAAGUGAAUGAGCAGAAGCCUCAGCCUGAGGAAGCAGAAUUCUCCUCUGUAUCCUGCAGUGGGAAGUAUCAUUCCUUGAUUCAGGAUCAGGCUCGAGAGUUAACCCAUCUACGGCAGAAGAUGAAGCUUGGGAGAGUAGCCUCUGCGCUUCUCAUCCAGCAUGUCAAGAACACAGUAAAGGCCUUUGAGGAGCUACUCCACAGCAAUAACAUUGACCACUAUAUGGAGCAGCACUUCCGCGAGCAGCUGGCCAAAGGAAGCCAGCUGGCAGAGAGCCUUGCCAGAAAAUUCAGGACUGAUGACUGUACAAGUAAGAAGAAUCAAGUAGGACAGGUGCCUUCGACCCUCAGUAUCUUGAGGAAGAUGCAUAAUAUGAGUAAACUGACAGAAGUCCUAGAGACCAAGCAGGAUGCCCGGUCCCAGACUCAGCCACAGAUCUGGUGCAACAACCACACCCGGUCUGCCCCACAUCACUCCCUGAGCAGCACGUCUCCACAGCUUGACAAGCAGGAAGUGCGUCCUUCAGUGACUGUAGUCAAUGCCAGCACUGCCACUUCUGCUGAUUCAGCUGCUUUGCCCAGCAACCAAGGAGCCAGGUCUGCUCAGCCCUUCCAUCCUUCGAGCGGCACUGGCCAGCUGAGCAGGACACUAGAACACGGUAGCAGUGGCCCAUGGGAAGAGAUGAGGCCUCAAAAAAUGAAUGCAUCUGGAGACCUAGCCUCCUUCUCCUGUUUGUACCAGCCCAACUCCGAAACCUCUGUAGUGGCCGACCUGCUGGAAAAGAAUCUUGCUGAGAUCCAGAAACUGCGCCAGCGCCUGGAGGAGUCCGUCAGCCUCAAUGACCGCCUGAGGGAGAGGCUGGAGCAUGUGCUCAGCAAUGGUGACCAAGGAAAAGGUACUGCACAGUCCACUGUAGCCCCUGGUUCAUAUACUCAGAGUCACUCUUCCAGCUAUGGUGAGGACAUCCUGUGACAUGAUGCCUAGAGGGUCUAGAAGAAUGUUCUCCAGAACUUUUCCAGCCCUGUCCAACAGAAUUCUUGGGUGGGAACUUGGAGGCAUUGGAUAUUAUCUUUAAAUGAAGAGAUCAAAUUAAUAAAUUAUUUUUUAAA